CCAACAGGCUGGUUUUUGUGUCCUCCUCGAAUAUGCAUUGGAAAGCCUUGCCUUUCCAACGACUUCAUUUAUUCUUCAACACUUCGUGAAGAAGCGUGGUGGCUUGUUCCAAGAAGGCAAACCAUUGGAACUGGUUACCACCAAGGCACAGAUUGUCUUUGAACCAUUGGUAUCCAAUUAUUGACUUUCAUCAAUAUUCUUUAGACCUUCUUGCUCGAAUUGAUGAACUCUUAGCGUCAGUCGCGAACAUGCUUCUUAACUUAGUGGUCCUCGGCCUUUGUUCCACUCUGGCUCAAGGACAAUUCAAGAUCCGAUUGAUAUCCGAGAAGGAUCAGCAAGAGAUGGUUGAACGAUUCACAUCGGGCAUUGCUGCUGUUCAAGCGGCAACUACUGACUUAACCAUUGACGUGGAAAGCGUGCCCAUAGACCGCGAAAACGACAUGAUACAACUCAACGAGACUUGCGACCUUCUUCAGGGUGAGGGAGAUUAUUCACUCAUAGCUGAUUUGGCUUGGGGUGGAUGGAUGGGGUUACAGGAUCAAGCUGAGGCUGGUGGAUUUCCCUACCUUCGAUUAGAAGCGGCAAAUCAUCAGUUUGUUCAGGGAGCAGACGAUUACUUGAAGGACCGUGACGCCAUUGAUGCGGCAUUAGUGUUCCAAUCGGAAAUCGAUCUAGACCAGAGUCUGUAUUAUCUAAUUGGUAACUCGUACAUUCGCGUGAUUGUCAUCAACAAGGAUGAGCCAGGGGCAAUGGAAAGGCUGGCCAAGAUGAGACCAUCACCUAGUUACUACAUUGCUCAUGGUACCACGUCCGCUUUAGCCACAGUGUAUAAUGAGGCUCGAGCCAGAUCUUUGCUCAAGAGAGAUGCUCGUUGGACCUUCGUGUUCCAAGAUUGGAAGUCCGACGAUUUUCCCUUGGACGACUUGGAGGUCCAAGUGACCUUCUUCACCAUGGAUAAUAGCGAUUGUUGCGUGGUGAAGAACAAGCCUGGAGAUGCAUGUACUUGUGAGGAGGACACCAAUCCAGCCAACGCAUUCAUGGAGGAGGCUGGGAAGAUGGUAGGCGAAACUUUGAAGACUUUGAAAGAGACUGGAACCAAUUUAUCCGGCGUCUUAAACUGCUACCAAACCAAUGAGGACAAAGCCAAGGCCACGGCCUUUCAGACCCAAUUGAUCGACUUGGUCAAGGCCUCCCGAUUGGAAUACAUGGAGGAUAAGAAGAUGCUCAAUUUUCCCUUGAAACUGGACGUGUCUGCUCGCAAUGCCAGCACAAGCUAUCCCAUGGGAGUUUGGGACAAGACAAAUGGAUUCGUCAAGGCCAGCACCUAUGUGCACCAAGAAAUACCACGAUUUUUUCGCAUUGGCACAGUGCCUACCACCCCUUGGGCUUACAUUAAGAUGGAUGAAAACGGCAGGGUGAUAAAGGACGCCGCAGGUCGGCCUUCGUUGGGCGGGUAUUGUGUGGAUAUGGUGGAAAAGCUGAGUAAAAAAAUGCACUUUGAUUAUGAGCUCAUCUUGCCCACGGAUGGAAGCAACUCAUAUGGUCAAAAGGAUAAAAGUGGUAAUUGGAACGGAGUGGUGGGCGAUCUCGUGAAUGGCGAGAUCGACAUUGCCGUGGCCGGUAUGACCAUGACCUCUGAACGAGAGGAAGUUAUCGACUUUGUGGCGCCAUACUUUGACCAAUCUGGGAUCUCCAUCAUCAUCCGGAAACCGGUGCGUGCCCGAUCCCUCUUCAAGUUCAUGGAGGUGCUUCGAGUCGAGGUCUGGUUCGCGAUCCUCGCGGCCUUGAUCGUCACGGCUUUGAUGCUUUGGUUCUUGGACCGAUUCUCGCCUUACUCCGCUCAGAACAACAAGCAGGCGUAUCCGUUUCCAUGUCGGGUUUUCACACUGAAAGAAAGCUUUUGGUUUGCAUUGACAUCGUUCACGCCCCAAGGGGGUGGUGAGGCACCAAAGUCCCUAUCUGGGCGGGUUCUAGUGGCCGCUUAUUGGCUCUUUGUGGUUUUGAUGUUGGCCACUUUCACCGCUAAUUUGGCGGCGUUCUUGACUGUGGAGCGAAUGCAAACUACAGUUCAAGGUCUGGAGGAGCUGGCUCAACAAUCGAAGAUUAAUUAUACCGUCGUGUCGGACUCGGCCUACUUUGAAUACUUCAAGAAUAUGGCCGGAGCCGAGGAGGACCUGUAUCGGGUCUGGAAAAACCUGACCUUGAGCAGCGAUGCCGAUCAGGCCAAAUACAGAGUGUGGGAUUACCCCAUUAAAGAGCAAUACACACACAUCUUCAAGACCAUCAAAGCCAGUGGAUUGGUCAGCUCCCCUAAAGAUGGUUUUGACAAGGUGUUGGCCGAUGAGCAAGGCACAUUCGCUUUUAUUCAUGAUGCUGCAGAGAUCCGAUACGAGUUCUAUAACAAUUGCAACUUCACCGAGGUUGGUGAGCCGUUUGCUGAGCAACCUUACGCCGUGGCUGUUCAACAAGGAAGUCACCUCCAGGAGGAGAUCAGUAAGGUGAUUCUGGAGCUCCAGAAAGAUCGAUAUUUCGAGACCCUAUCGUCCAAGUAUUGGAACAGCACCCUUCGCAGUCUUUGUCCAACCUUAGAUGACUCGGAGGGAAUCACGUUGACCUCAUUAGGGGGCGUGUUCAUUGCCACUUUGGCGGGAUUGGGCAUUGCCAUGGUGGUUCUAGCUUUUGAGGUCUAUUUCCAACGGAAGCAGGGCAAGAACGAAGUAAUGGAUAUCUCGCAGGACAUGAACUACAAACCCAAAGUGGGCAUCAUUCAAGUUGGAUCUCGUCAAGUGCAUAUGUAAAGCCCUUUGAAUUUAUGAAAAGAACACCUCUCAGCCUA